UUCUUCUUCUCGCUGCAGCUCCCGAAAUCCCCCCUCCAAGCCGCCGGCACCAGCUUUGAAAAAUUGGUGAGAAAGCUUGGAAUUUCUCCUUCUUUCUUGUCCAAGAACCUGAUUUGGAACCCAGAAAUCUUUCCCCCUUGCUGGAAAUUCCAGAUCUGCCUUGCUCUUCUUGUCUUCACCGCCGGCUGCUAGUGGGUAUGGGUGAUUUCUGGGCAUUUUUUCGAUCCGUGAGUUUCUCCCCUGCACUGCCGCCGGCUUCUUCCCCCUGCUAGGUCCGGUUCUUGCUGGAAAAUUCUGGUUCCCGAUCGUUCUGCCAGUUAGCAUUGAGAUUGAGUGCUCGGUUUUAUGCGAGUGAGUGGGGGUUAAACGCUAGCACAUGUCAGCACAUGUCGAUAUGUUAGUGAUAGAACCGGUUCGUACAAGUGACCCUGCUAGUAGGGAUUAUACACUAGUAAAUCGUGUGCUUGCCAGUGGGAAGUUUAAUACAUUGGUCAUGACCUGUAGAGGAGACGUCUAUUUCGUUCCCGUACUGAAGCGAAACCAAAACCAAGGACGGGGAAACCACGAGAAGUGACGAGUUAGAAAGCUAGCCAUUUCGAGAUUGAUAUAGAUUUUAGAGAUAAAUAAUGAUCUUGUAAGCUA